ACAGUGCAACAUGCUUGCUUCAGUACAGCACCUAUGUACUGUAGGCCCAUAUUUCCAUUGACCAUAAUGAAGGCUUGUGGUUAAACAGCUUUGCAGGCAUCAUGUGAGAUGACAUGUAUUGUAAAUGUUGUUUUACCAUGAAGUAUAACUGUUCAUUUGCACAUUUAAUUCAAAUAAUGUCUCAAACUUCACAUUCAAGUAUGUACUGCUACAUUCAUAGUAUGCACUGUUCUUUUAAGCUUCAGUGUACCAAUUACAGAGGUGUACUAUCAUUAAUUUACUGGCCUGAUAUUGCUUUAUGAAUAUAGCCCAUUGAUACACAAAUCAGUGGGCUCGUCAUAAAAAAGUGUACCUGCCUAAUCAUAGACUGUUGUUUGCAGUAUGUAGGCUAGUUAAACCUGAACCACCUGUCACCAAAGGGACUGAACUAGCCACUUUCCAGUUCUGGGAUUUCAAUAUGCAAAACGCUUUGUUAAACUCUUAUGAAACUUCCAAGGCAUCCACCUCCUGGAAACUACAGAGACACAAUGCUAGUUAGUUGUGCAUUAGUAUUACCACCGACUGGAUGAGCUCAAACACAUUUCUGCAAUAGACAAUAUAAUAAAUGGUAAUCCUUCUGGACCCUUUAUUACAGUGCACUGUAAUUGUAUAGGUUUUCUACAGUGUUUUAAACUUUUUUCCUCUGGAUUUUUCUAUAUCAUCCCAUAGUUGGGUAUAGGAUAUAAAGAAAUUUAGAACCGCAAAAUACUAAAAUAAAAUACACUUAAGGUUUGUGUGUUGCACACUUGCCAUUUACACAAAUAAUUUUAUCGUAAGACUGUAAUGCAGCUCCAUAAUUAAGCAAAAAAGGAAGUGAAAAGGUUAUCGUACCAAGCUUUUUGUGAACUCUAAUCAAAUAACGUUAACUUUUGCCAGUAAAAUAACAGAGUGCCUAAAGAAAGUUUUGAGUCCCACAAACAGAUUUUUUAAAUGUCUCUUGCAUCUUCUUUAGCAGCCGCAACAUUUUUACCAUAAGGAGUUUAAGGAGAAAAGAAACAAAAUAUUUAGGGAAGUGAAAAUUAAAUGUACUUACUUGACUACAGUAAAAAGAACUUCAAUUCACAAAAUUUAGCUCUGAUUGUGUUAAUGAAAAUAUAUGACAAUGUGCUUGCUGUAGUGCAUUGUAUAUCGAGAAUAACAGAACAUGUUGCAAUUUAAACUUGUUUUUAUUGAAAAAUAAACGGUAACAUGUAAUCAUAAGAGCUGUCUUGUACCACCAAUUCCACACACAUUUCCAGCGAGUCUUGUAUUGCAGGGGUCUUGAUGAUCCUAAAGUAAAAUUUCUUCUUGUUGAUCUUGCUGUGAGCAGUUCUGAAAUAAAGCUCCUUCAUUGCACUAAUGGCGUUCUUUAUCAGACACUACAAGCAGACCACUACUAGUCUAGCACAUGCUUAAACCAUGCAACAAUGCUCCAGAGUGCACCAUUAUAAUCCCUCUUUCCAAAAAUGUCUCCCUCUCACACUUCACAGCGGCGCUAUGAGCCACGAUGAUAUCAGUGCCCCCUACUACCUUGUCUUUGCUGGUAAGACAUGGACAAGCCUGGGUACCGCAGAGGAAGCUUUAACAGCAUGCAGAGCGGCACCAGUGAUGAGGACAUGGUGGAGAUAGCUGGAGCCACAUUGGAUUCCUCAGUGACAGACGAUGUGCCGCCGUUGGACAGGGAUGUUUCCAGGGGACACUCCACUUUUAAUGGAGAAGGCUUGAAUGGUGCCAGUAAGAUGAUGGAUUUCCUAGAGGAGCCUAUCCCAGGGGUGGGGACGUAUGAAGAUUUCAAUACUAUCGACUGGGUGAGGGAGAAGUCGAAGGACAGAGACAGGCACAGAGAGAUUGCAAAUAAAAGCAAAGAAUCAACAUGGGCACUUGUCCAGAGUGUGAGCGAUGCUUUCUCUGGCUGGCUGCUGAUGCUGCUAAUUGGUCUUAUGGCAGGUUCCCUUGCUGGUCUGAUCGAUAUCUCUGCUCACUGGAUGACGGAUCUGAAAGAGGGGGUGUGUCUCUCUGGGUUCUGGUUCAAUCAUGAACACUGCUGCUGGACCUCCAAUGAGACCACGUUCAUCGAGAGAGACAAGUGCCCUCAGUGGAGGAGCUGGGCCGAGCUCAUUGUCGGACAGCCCGAUGGAGCAUUUGCCUACAUAGUCAACUACUUGAUGUACGUCAUCUGGGCCCUGCUGUUCUCAUUCCUGGCUGUGUCCCUCGUCAGGUCUUUCGCUCCUUAUGCUUGUGGGUCUGGAAUCCCAGAGAUUAAGACCAUUCUGAGUGGCUUUAUCAUCCGGGGCUAUCUUGGGAAGUGGACACUGGUGAUCAAGACCAUCACCCUGGUUCUGGCUGUGUCGUCUGGGCUCAGUCUGGGCAAGGAGGGACCGCUGGUGCACGUGGCCUGUUGCUGUGGCAACAUCCUCUGCCACCUCUUCACCAAGUAUAGUAAGAAUGAGGCCAAGAGGAGAGAGGUAUUGUCUGCAGCAGCAGCGGCUGGAGUCUCAGUGGCUUUCGGUGCCCCUAUCGGAGGAGUCCUGUUCAGCCUGGAGGAGGUCAGCUACUAUUUCCCCCUGAAGACCCUGUGGAGGUCCUUCUUCGCCGCCCUGGUGGCAGCUUUCACCCUGCGCUCCAUCAACCCGUUUGGGAACAGCCGGCUGGUUCUGUUCUAUGUCGAGUUCCACGCCCCCUGGCACCUACUGGAGCUCAUCCCCUUCAUCAUGCUGGGUAUCUUUGGGGGGCUGUGGGGGGCUUUCUUCAUCCGCACCAACAUAGCCUGGUGUCACCGCCGCAAGACCACCAAGCUGGGCCGCUACCCCGUGCUGGAGGUGCUGGUGGUGACAGCCAUCACAGCCAUCGUCGCCUUCCCCAACGACUACACGCGCAUCAGCACCAGUGAGCUCAUAUCAGAGCUCUUCAAUGACUGUGGCCUGCUGGACUCUUCCAAGCUCUGCGACUACAUCAAUGACAACACCACCGAGACCACUGACGACCGCGCUGCCGGCCCCAACGUCUACACCGCCAUGUGGCAGCUCGCACUUGCGCUCGUCUUCAAGGUCUUUAUCACAAUCAUCACCUUUGGCAUGAAGGUCCCAUCAGGACUUUUCAUCCCGAGUCUGGCUGUGGGUGCAAUAGCGGGUAGGCUGCUGGGAAUUGGAAUGGAACAGCUGGCCUAUUACCACCACGACUGGGUCAUCUUCAAAGGCUGGUGCAGCCCAGGGGCAGAUUGCAUCACUCCAGGGCUCUAUGCCAUGGUGGGAGCAGCAGCAUGCCUUGGUGGGGUGACCAGGAUGACCGUGUCCCUGGUGGUCAUCAUGUUCGAGCUGACCGGCGGGCUGGAAUACAUUGUGCCUCUGAUGGCUGCGGCCAUGACCAGCAAGUGGGUGGCAGAUGCAAUUGGCAGAGAGGGGAUCUAUGAUGCCCACAUCCGUUUGAAUGGAUACCCCUUCCUGGAGGCCAAGGAGGAGUUCACACACAAGACCCUAGCCAUGGAUGUGAUGCGGCCGCGCAGGAAUGACCCGCCGCUGACUGUGCUCACACAGGACGGCCUAAAGGUGGAGGACGUGGAGACUCUUAUCAAUGAGACCACUUGCAGUGGCUUCCCCGUGGUAGUGUCCAGAGAGUCCCAGAGGCUGGUCGGCUUCGUUCUGAAAAGAGAUCUUAUUAUAUCAAUAGAAAAUGCUCGAAAGAGGCAGGAUGGUGUUGUUAGCUCUUCAGAUAUUUACUUCACAGAGCACAUUCCACCACAGCCUCCCAGCAGCCCAGCGACACUCAAACUGCGCAAAGUCAUGGACCUGAGUCCCUUCACUGUCACCGACCACACGGCCAUGGAGAUUGUGGUGGACAUCUUCCGCAAGCUGGGCCUGCGCCAGUGUCUGGUCACUCACAAUGGCCGCCUUCUGGGAAUUAUCACGAAAAAGGACAUAUUAAAACACAUGGCCCAGGUAGUGAAUCAGGACCCAGACUCCAUUCUUUUCAACUGAAGUAGCCUCCCCUUCACUGUGACUGCACCCAGGAUGACGGGAUACUCCUGUUAGCUUCUUUUCAUACAAACUGUUCAGAUUAAUUGCACUACUUUAUCUGUGGGAGUCUCUUUUCACCUGGGUUUCUUUGUCGAAUCAAACGCAGUGUCAGCUGUACAGGGGACCCACACUAGCCAUUGUGCUGCAGUCGAGCCUGAAUAGGAACCUGACUGGACAUGACAUUCAUUGCUGCAAGAUCUCUGUCCUGUCCUUAACAUAUCAACUUGAAAGGGUCGGAGCUGUACAGUAAAUUAGGGUCUGGCACUGCCGAUUCCCUCUAAUGAAUGUAAACAAUGAAGGGACAUACAAAUCCAGUAUAUAUUGCAGAAUUGACUGCAGCAGGAUGAUUCUGGGACUCGAUACUGACAAGGAAAAGCAUCUCUGGUUAAACUUUGCAGGACCGUGCUGGUAUGAAAGUGUUUGUGUGUGUCUCUGUUUCAUCUGUUAGACCUGGUUUCUUGGUGGCAUGCACUAGCACAGGUGGGUUUUGUCUGAAUGUUGUGCAAUUUCUGAGAGUGCUUCAGGGUUCAGCAUUAGUCUUUCACAAGCUGCACAGUGCAGAGCAGUUUCAUAAAUCAAGAAACUAAACUGUGAUCCCUCCCUCCAUGUAUAAUAUUAAUUGAUCUAUUUGACACCGAAGAAGGAAAACUAAUUAUACAAUGGUUUUGAUAAGCAGAAUAAACUAAUGUAAAAUAGUCUGAUUCUCUCUGAGACUGUGAGUGUAGCGCUACUGUCCUAAUAACAGUUGCACAAGCAGGUAAUGUACUAGUGGCAGAAUAAAUUAUUACCAGAGUCAAAGUCUACAAAAUGUAAAAUAAUAAGGGGAUUGAGAGAACAAUGAUAUAUUAAUGAGAAAUGCUUUUUAAAGGCUUUAAAUUUAAGCCCAGAUCCAGCAGCAAAGAUGUAUUAAUAGUGGUAACAGUAAAUACUUGUCUACAAACCAAGCUGGUUCCCAGUACCGAGUAAGCAUUUACAUUAAAAUAUGCAUUUGGUACUGGGGACAUUGUCUUAAAAGGGUUCUACUGUAUUGUUAUUAUAAUGAAGCAUAUUUUCACUUCAUGCUGGGGGAUUUCUGGCAAAAGCAAAAUCAAAACAAAUAAGUGAGAGAUGUGGUCCAACACGCCUCCACUGCCAGAACAAAGGCAGAGCCUGCGUGAGUUUAUAACUGCAGGCAUAGCCAGCUGCCUGGAUCUGUUGCAUGUCACUACACUGUAAAAAAACUCUUUCCUAACUCUCCUGCUAAUUCCCUUGUUAAGGAGCUCUCCAUCUGAUUAUACACAAUACACAAUGACAACAUCACUCUCAGCAGGAGUAUCCACACACAUUAUUUGCAGGGAUGUUGACUUGAAUUUAUUAAGUAAUAGUCAGCUAGGAUACAGUCUGAGGAAUAUCAAAAUGUGCAGAUCAUUCCCAGGAUUGUGUUAUCCCCUACAUAUAUAUAUAUGUGUGUGUGUGUGUGUGUGUGUGUGUGUGUGUGUGUGUUGUCCUUUCCAGGUGUAUAUUGAGAUGUUCUAGCAAGUUUAAACCUCCAACUUCCUUGCAGAGUAUGUUUGGUAAUGUGUAGUGACAACAAGCUGUUUUCUAAGGACUUUAAACACUUUUCUUCAAAAUAAGGAAGUCCAUAACGACACAGAAAGAAAGAGAUAGAGAUGUGUUCCUUGAUUUUUGUAUGUGCAGUGAUUUUAGUCUAUAUAAAAAAACAAGAUUUGCAUUAAAGUGAGUUAUGCACCAUAGGAAAUCCAUGCUACUGCCGGAGUUACUUUCACUCAUUCAGGGACAUUGUUUAUGGUGCACAACUCACCCUUAUGUCAGACCAAUAUAUUUUUAUCACUACUUUGUCUUAACUACAGGUACAAUGCGUGUUUUUGUUGUACAAUUGAGCAAGUCUUAUAAACGCCAUGAACCUGAAGGUAACCAGGUUCAAUUACCACAACAGUUUUGUUUUGUUUUUUUCCCAGGAUGGUUCAAAAACAUGUUUUUAAAUAUUAGGGCUGUAUCAGAAUUUAUAGGCUGAAAAUUCAUGGAAUCAUUCCAUUGAUCAAGACUGAGUGGUCUGGAUGAAUCAUUAUUUAUUAAAUGAAUACCUGUUCUAAAUGAGAAGAUGCUGUUUAUUGUAUUUUGUUUUGUCCUUUCUUGACCCUAUUAUAAUGGUUCUGAGUGGUGUUUUUGUUGCUCAAGUGAAGAGUUGUAUUAUCCCUCUGGGAUUGUGAUUAGCAUUGGUGAUGGGGAUAUAGUGGAGGCACCAGUAUAUAUCACACUGAAGCUCUAUCUUGAGAACAACUUAUCCUGUUAUAAAACUUGUGAUAAGCUCUUGGGUGUAUCAGAUCAGAGUGACAUAUUUUUUCAUGAGUUUUGGUCUCUGACUGGUUGGGAUAAUUAAAGCAUAUUCUGAACACCAUCCAACAGCAAUUUGAUUAAACAUUGUUAUGGGACAUUUGUUGCCUAUUUAAACUUCUUUUGCUUUAUAAAUUGUGUUGUCUCCGUAAAUCAAAAACCUUCAGUUCUUCAAAUGAAUGUAAAUUAUUUUAAUGAAAGGUCUUCUCACAACAGUCAACAGUCCAUUUUCAAGGGAUGACGAACGUCUGGGUGACAAUCCACUCAGAGCCUUUGUUUACAUUUGUGUAUCCCUAAUAAACUCUGAAGCAACAAAGCAACUCGGAAUGUAAACCUCAUAAAAAAGAAAACCACAACAAAACAAUGAAAUCCUAUUUGAAAGAUUUUGUUCUUUUGCCCCCUUUUUUUUUUUUUACAGCAACGGUAAGGGAUCCUUCCCUGUUAGAGUUUAUAGGACAAGUAAUAUCUGGUUACACAAAAGAUAAGACUACAUGGCCUGUAAAACUUUGAUAACACAAAGUAUAUGUUGGAAUCUCUAAGUGUUACCAAAACAAGCUAUUAAACAGUAACAUUUUGAUUCCUUUUGACAGAUAUGUAAAAGAAAAAAAUCUUUCUUUAUUCCAUAGACUUGGCUUUAGAUACUUUUAAGAUCCAACUUGACAAAGUUCUGAGAUGAAUCGGUAACUGAUGAGUAUAGAUGAGCUGUACAGCCUCCUCUCAUUUGUACAUGUUCUUAUGUUCUUAUUUAACUCAGAUGUGCCAGCAAGAUCAUUGUGUUUAGGUUUGAGGCCAGUUCAUCCUAUAUUUAAUCAUGUUCGUCAUGGGAGAGAAAGUGGCAUUUUUGAAGUACUUUGUAAUAUUAUGUUUCUGUUUAUUAUCUAUGUCCAGGUAUAAUGUAACACUUAUAAACCUAAUUUGUGUUCACAUAUUGAUUAUUUUUGUGUAUAUGUUAAAAAUCCAAUGCAAAUGUGUGUUGUAACAUUCCAUUGUAAUAUACAGUAUUGCAUCCUCUGUGCAUGAAUGUGACUAAGAAGGCAUAAUUAAAGACCCUAACCUAAUCACCUUUUCAAUGUAUUAAAAAAAAAAAAAACUUGCAAUAACUCUUUAGGACUUGCUUUUCUUUCUUAUUUUCUGUUACAGGUAGUUAAAAUCUGAAACACUAUAGACAUAGAUAGUUGCAGUAUUAA